CAACCUCAAACUCUAGCCUGGCCCGAACACAUUAACGUGCGAUUGCUCGAUAUCGCAGGAGGCAAGGAACCGGGAGGUUAUGUUUGACGGGGAUCCUAAACUUUCAUCUAGCGUCAACGACUCAAACAUUAAAUUGAAAACCCAGAAUAUACAGAAUCGUUGCAGUGAACAGUGAGCAGCGACAGAAAGGAGAGAGGAUGAAUCAGAGCCCUCAAACCAGCGAUGGCAGGCACGACGAUGAUGCCACACUCUCUGAGUUUCUUGCAUCGUUAAUGGAUUACACUCCCACCAUUCCUGAUGAAUUGGUUGAACAUUACCUCGGCAAAAGUGGAUUUCAAUGUCCCGAUGUUCGAUUGAUUAGACUCGUGGCUGUUGCUACUCAGAAAUUCAUUUCGGAGGUUGCUACUGAUGCCCUUCAGCACUGCAAAGCCAGGCAGUCGUCUGUGGUCAAAGACAAAAGAGAUAAGCAGCAAAAGGAAAAGCGUCUCGUUUUGACGAUGGAGGACCUUUCAAGAGCUCUGAGAGAGUAUGGGGUGAACCUGAAGCACCAGGAGUAUUUUGCUGACAGCACAUCAACAGGAACGGAUCCAGCUUCAAAAGAUGAAUGAGUUGAUGGAGGAGUUUGAAUUGACGAAUUGUUGUACAAAACUAGUAGAUGUGAGAUGCUUUCAAUGUUUGGUACUCAUUCUGACGUACUAAGGAACUGAUUACAUCAUUUAGCGGCUGCCUUAUUUACUCUUUCUGGCUUCUAGUCAAAUUAUAGGAACUCUUAUGUUCCAAAUCUUUA